AUGACGGCACCACAGACCGUCGCACAGGCGGACGAGGCGAUCAAGGCGGGCAACGCCAAGGAGGGCGAGCGCAUCCUCAAGGCGAUUCUGUCCGAAACGUCGUCGUCGUCGUCGGAUGAUGCCUUCCUCAAAGAGCAGGAGGCGGCGUUGCUGCGCCUCGGCGAGCUGUACCGCGACACCAAGGACGCGGAUGCGCUCGCAGAGACGGUGCGCUCGUCGCGCACGUUUAUGAGCUCGAUCGCCAAGGCCAAGACGGCGAAGCUGGUGCGCACGCUGAUCGACUACUUUGACGGCAUCCCCGGCAGCCAGCAGACGCAGAUCCAGGUCGCCAAGGAGAACGCCGAGUGGGCCAAGUCCGAGAAGCGCAUCUUCCUCAAGCAGAACCUCGAGACCAAGCUGAUCGGGUUGUACUUUGCCAACAAGCAGUACCGCGACGCGCUGCCGCUCAUCGACACGCUGCUGCGCGAGCUCAAGAAGCUCGACGACAAGAUGAUCCUCACCGAGGUGCACCUGCUCGAGUCCAAGGUGAACCAUGCGAUUUCGAAUCUGCCCAAGGCCAAGGCGGCGCUCACGUCGGCGAGGACGGCGGCCAACUCGAUCUACUGCCCGCCCACGCUGCAAGCGCAGCUCGACAUGCAGGCGGGCGUGCUGCACGCCGAGGACAAGGACUACACCACCGCCUACUCGUACUUUUUCGAGACGCUCGAAGGGUUCGCGCUGCAGGACGACGCACGCGCGCCGCUCGCGCUCAAGUACAUGCUGCUGUGCAAGAUCAUGCUCAACCUGUCGGACGACGUCAACAGCAUCAUCGCCGGCAAGCAUGCGACCAAGUAUGCGGGCAAGGACGUCGAGGCGAUGAAGGCGGUGGCGCAGGCACACGAGGAUAGGAGCCUUGAGCGCUUUGAAUCCGCACUGCGCACGUAUAAGGACGAACUGUCCAACGAUCCCAUCGUCAAGAACCACCUCUCGGCGCUGUACGACACGCUGCUCGAGCAGAAUCUGCUGCGUGUCAUCGAACCGUACUCGCGCGUCGAGAUCGCACACAUCGCCAAGGAGGUGCGCCAGCCCGUGCGCGAAGUCGAGCUCAAGUUGAGCCAGAUGAUUCUCGACAAGGUGUUCCACGGCAUCCUGGACCAGGGCGCAGGAUGCCUCGUGGUGUACGACCAGCCCGUAGAAGACAAGACGUACCAAGUCACGCUCGACACGCUCAAGCACGUGGGCAACGUGGUGGACUCGCUCUACAAGAAGGCGAACAAACUCGCAUGA